AUGAGUAGCGAAAAGAAGAAGGAAAAGAUCGUUAAAGAGCAGAAGAAAAAUAAGGAAGCAAACGUUGGUGUCAAGGUGGGUAAGGGAAGUCUAACCUUCGGUGCAGAUGCAAGGGUCGAAUUCAACAGGUCCAGCGUAAAGAACUACAAAUACAUGAAGAAGGGUGAAUGCUGUCCGAAACCCAAACCAGAACCCAAGCCAGAACCUAAACCCAAACCCAUCAAACAUAAGACUAAGAAAUAAAAUGGAAUGUCUGUCCUCAAAACUCGAAACCGCAAACAGAAUAAAGUACAACAAAAAUCACAAAAGAAGAAAGAUGUUCAACCUUGGAAUUGGCAUCGAACGGGGUGACAUCACGAUGAGUGCACAUACCCAGAUCGGUUAUGCCAGCACAACCGUAAAGAAAUACGAUAAACAAAAUGAUGAAAAUACCACGGAAACUGGUGUGGUUAUGUCUGAUCAGCCUCCUGCUAAUUCCGAUAACGGCUGAGGUUCUCCUUGCCAUCAUUGCCUUAAGACUAAUACUUCAAUUUUAAUGGUUCCAAUAAACAUUAAAAUGUAUUCAACAUAAUCCCAACCUAAUGUCUCAAAUAUUUUCCUACACCGAUUGUGGGAAGCCUUCCCCUUAGGAAUCUUAAGUAAAGACCAGUCAGCCUCCACACCAAGCCGUUUAUAUACCUGAUAACUGAUAAUAUUAAGAUUAGGCAGUCUCUUCUCCUUAGGUUCUCCGCGUCGCAAAUAUUAACAAUUUUGUUUAUAACCUCAAACGAUCCUUCCCCGAACAAUUCACAUUCCGACACACCCUUCCUUUUUAUAAAACCAUAGACCUUGGAAUCGACGGUAGCUGGCUUACUCCCAUAAUUGCUCUGUCCCAGCAGCCGUAUCCAGAAACGUAACUGGUUAGACCAACCUCUAACCCACAUUCGCGACACGUUCUUUUCCCGUCUAUAUCAAUAAGAUUAUGCUUACGUCCCUCGGAACAAAAGUGUUUAUUCGGAAAUUCCACAGGUUCCUUCGAAGCAAGGAAAUCCAAGUACUUCUUUUCCGCUAUAUCAAAAAGUUUCAUGUCCUUGCUCCUCUUCCUCGGCUCCCGGGUCGGACACAACUCUUUGUGGUAUGCUGAAAGGGUCCUUGAAAGUGGGGAAUCCAUUCCGUAUAAUAAUUCCCGACCCGGAGCCGGUCCAUCAAAGUUCCAACCGAUAGAGUCCAAGUACGCCACAUAAAUAAUACUCAGGUCCUUGUAACCGGACCUUUCUUUAGUCUCUAAAAUCAAACCCAUAUUUCCCUCAUAUUUCUUAAGAGACUUUCCAAAUGCGGUAUCCAUACUUUUACUGAUACAUAAACUUUUCUCUUUAAACCACUUUCCUCCACCAAAACCCCAACAAGCGUGCGCGACGCGGCGGGUGCGGUGGGCCUGCGGAAGACUAAAUUCAUCGGGUCAACACCCACGGGAAUUUCCGACAAAAUUGUCAGAGCAUGUGCGUGUACACUUGCGUGCUUGCAUGGUCGCGACCACGGAUGCGCGAGGGCGGGGGAUGUGUCCGGCAGGCAGACGACACCUGGGGCGGCGGGGGGAAUUGGGUAACCGGAAGUGACGUCAUCGAUUCUAUUCCAGGAAGGCGGGAUUCCGGGAAUCACAUUCCGGGCAUGCCCAUACUUGCCCGGAUCCACUAUAAUUUGCCUUACAUGAAGUAUUAACCAUUUUGUCCUAGAAGCGCCUAUAUACACUACUCCCGUGUUACUCAACUGGAUCGCAAACUUUCUAACAGACAGACAACAAAGAACCCGUGUUGGUCAGUUCCUUUCUGAGUGGAAGUUUUUAAACGCCAGCGUUCCACAAGGAAGAAAGCUCGGCCUGUUAUUAUUUUUUAUUAUGAUCAAUAACUUGGCAGUAGCGGAUGAAACUGUUAAAUUUGUUGAUGAUACUAGCCGUCCUUCCCAUACAUUCCCCGUCCCAGUUACCUGCUAACAUCUUCAGCUGCACUGAAUGGUCAUCGGUCAAUAUAAUAUGAAGUUAAAUGUAUCAAAGACCAAUGAAUUGCGUAUCUGCUUUUCUAAGCUUAUUCCAUCGUUUUCCCCUAUUAUACCAUCCGUGGUCAAGAGAUCGACGUCGUCUCCAAGGCCAAAUUAUUGGGCGUUGUUCUUUCAGACGAUCUUAAAUGGAACCGCCAUAUUGACUACAUUUGCACGAAAGCCGCGAAGCGUUUGUAUGGUCUGCCCCUUCUUAAAAGAAAUGCUUUACCUUCUCGUAUCCUGAUCUCAACCUAUUGCACACAUAUUCGACCAAUUGUGGAAUAUGCUUGUCAGGUGUGGCAUUAUGGCCUUCCUCAUUACCUGAGUGAUCAAGUGGAAAAAUUCCAAAAAAGGGCAUUAAAAAUUAUUUUUCCUGGUAUUACCUAUGCUGAACGUAAAACAGUUCAUUGCAAGCGCCUUUUUUCGAAGAUGUUGGAACCCACUCAUAAACUGAAUGCCUUAGUACCGCCUAAAAAUCUUCAAACUUAUGAUCUGAGGUUUUAUUCCAACCUAUUAGUACUCAUAGGUGCAGAACAGAACUUUUUCGAACAGUUUCAUUCCUGCUGCGUCUCGUGCUUAUAAUAUAAUAAGUAAACUUUAGUUUAUUGUCGGAAUUUUUAUCUAACUUACCUAUUUUUACCUGUAAAUAAAGAAUAGAUUGAAUACCUAUGUUCUUAUACCUUGUAAUUCCAAAGUAAUUCAGUUGUUACUGCUAGUUUGGAAAUUAAUAAUAAUAAUAAUAAUUCAUUAUCGCAAUGGUCAUUUGCCUCGUAAAGGCCUAGUCGAUUUCACAAGUUCUCAAAUUAGCUCCAUAACUUCUUGAUCAGAAACCAACAACUAAAGCAAUUUAUACCGUCCAGUAGUUAUUACAUUAACUACAAAAACAUUUUAUGACUAAACUAACCUAUUAUUAGUUUAUAAAUGUCGCGUUAAAUUGUAUUAAACAUCUUUAAAGGCCUUUAAAGUUCCAACAAUUUUGUACACUGAUUUAUACUCGAAAUAAUUCUUUUAUUCGCUGAAGAUAAUAUAUUGUUUUGCUUUGAAUAACUAUAUUUGCGAAUCGGGAAUGUAAAUUGUGAAUUGUAAAUAAUGUACGUUUUAUACACUGUACGGGCUAAUAAUAUAUGUAUGUAUCCGUUUUAUUUAAUAAUUGUGUAUGUGUAUGCAUAUUUUACAAACACAAGGCUGUAAGAUGUGUGUCAGAUCACUGAUGAUGACAACGAACUGAACGAAGAUGAUGAAUUGGACUGGUCUCUUAACGAACAGUCAUUAAAUCGUCCUCCGAAGCCCUUAAAGUUGUCGAGCGGCUGGCAGAAUUCUCACAAUUUCGAGAUUUGGAAGAACUUUCCAACGCCAUUUUUAUGUACAUGACAUUAUAAUGGUUUUAUGUAAAUGACAUUAUACCAUACCAUUAUAAUAAGCCUCCGUGAGCCUCGAAAGCAAACUUGUAUCGACUCCUUUCUUAUAUGACUGUGAGAGACGUAUACAUUUCCUAAUGAACUUUUAUGUACAAAGAAAUUUUCAUUUUAUGCUAAUUAUUUGCUAGAUAUUUUUUACUGUUUUGAUACUCAAAUUACACACGUAAUUACACACCUUUGCCUCCUGCUGUGUUUUUCUAUGUACCCCUUUUAAGCAGACACCCCUUUUAAGCGGACACUUAGGCGAGGUCCCAAAGGUGUCCGCUUAAUAGAGGUUUGACUGUAAUAUAGUUGUGUAUAAGGCAAAAUUUUAUGAAAGAUUCUUCUUUUGGUAUAUAUUUCGACUCAUUUUGAGCUUUCGCUACACCUUUUCAACAUAAUAAUAGUGUUGCUACAAAAUUUAUGUUAAAAACCCGAUUUUCUAGACGUGUAUUCAAAUAAAAAUAGUAAGUUUAUAAUAUAAAUGAGUUUAUUUUACCUGUAUCGGUUUUAAUUCGCUGUUAGGUCGCAAAUUAUUCUGCUUGAGAACGCAAUAAUUGGGCAUAUCCAAGUGGGGAAAAUUCGGGGCAUGCAGUUUUUGGCACUCGGAUUGGGAAAUCUGCUAUGCCUUCUAUUUUUUCCCCUGCGUCCUUCCUCCGCCGCGCCCCCAAAUCACCUAGUCCCAGUCUUUUCAUGUGAAAAAGCGCUGAAUAUUAAAAAAAAUAAUAAAAAUAGAAGGCCUAGGUCUAGGCUGGAAUUUCUCAAAUUUUCGCUUAUAAAUAUCUUGGUAAUGUAACCUAGCAUCAUUCCUCUGAAUGACGAAUAAAAUAUAGUCGAAAGAUGAGGUUGUCUGCGCUCGACAAAAAGUGGGAUUGACUUCUAUGCUUUUCGUUGAGCGCCAGAGGAUUGCCAAAUUUUUGUUGUUCAUCCAGCGCUUUUUUCCUUGCUGCUAGUACAUCUCGACUUCUUUCUAAAUCGUCGCGAAUUUUUAUGACGAUCGUCAUAAAAUUCGUCUCAUAAAUCGUCUAGUGGAGAUCCACUUUUAUUAACGUUGUUUUUUAUUCUUGCAAAGAAUAGCACAUAACUAAAUCACUAAUAUUCCAAACUUGAACCCGAAGAAAGACUUUGUGAACUAAGACCAGGCGAGAACUUCCUAGGCACUUGCAAUUCUCCAGCUAGAUCAUCGCUUUAUUGUUUAUACAUUGAUUUGAUUAAAAAUUAUUUUCAGACUUUCAUGCACAACUGUGCUAAACCGAUAAGAUCACACUAGUUUCUACACCGAAAAUAAAUGAAAAAUAAGAAUGACACAAUGUUGUUGACUAUCUUUGUAUAUUCAGUAUCUUAAAUUCAAUCACAUAAAAAAAUCCCGCAGCAGACGGGAAAACCUCGAUCAGAGAGAUGGGGAAAUUAUGGCAAAAAUAACGUGCUGUGUUAAUCUUUUGUAGUGGGAAGCAAAGAAAAUGGAAGUCGACCCAGAAACAGUGGAAAUGGAUCAUAUUGAAGAUACUGAGAACAAACAGGUAAAACGCCAUGUCAGAAAUAAAGGAAAUAGUUAUUAUUUAUUUAAUCGCUUAUUCACUGGUCUACAUACACGUUCCCAAACUAACAAUUUUGAGUUUAUUGAGUAUCCGACUCAUUGGUGAGCGCAUUUCCCAACAGGCUAUUUCCCAAUUGAUAGGGGAGAUUUUAGAAUGAUCGGUAAUUUACACCUAAACUAUACAAUCCCUGAUGCAAUACGGAGGUAUCGUUAAUAUAUUUUUCUUUGUGGACCAGUGAUGUAACAGCCAAAUAUAUAACCUUGAUUUUUUCCAUAUAUACUGUUUGUUUAGAAGCUCUACCUAUUAUUUUUCCUAUCUGAGACGUCAUUAAGCCAAAUACUGAAAAAAUUAUGUUUUGACUAAAAUGCUUUCAAAAACUUGAAAAUUAUGACUCCUUUUCUUACAGGAGGAUCGUAAACGAAUCCUGCAAGAAAUAGUUGAUCGUUACCUGGAAAAUAAAACUAAGGAGAGAUUGCAAGAAGAAGCAGAAGGAGCACUUCUUGAACAAUAUUUAAAGUUAAAGGUAUAGAUGGCAAGAAUACAAACAUUGUUAUUUAAAUUUGUCUUUUUAUACCAGGGAAAACAAGCUUGAUGAUGGUCUGUCCAAACUUCGCCCCGUACCAGGUUAACUAAACAAUAUAUCACCUAUAUACCACUUUGUAAGAAUUACACACUCAGCGCAUAUAGCACUCGUUAUGUAUACACAAUAUAUAUAGAAAAAAUAGUCCGGAGUUGAAAUGUGGAUUUUUCAAAAGAUUUAUAGGUUGAUUCGUUAAUGGAUCUUUACGUAUUAUUUAAAACACUCGUACGAGUGUCUUACGCCAUGUUUAAAAUGCGAGUGCGCAGCACGAGCAUUUUAGAUAUGAUAAAACACGACUACGCGUUAAUUAAAUAGCUUCAAACACGACUACAAUGAUUCUGCCUCAUUAGUAUUCUUUAUAUAUAGAAUACUAAUUAGGAUGGACCUUUAAGAUUAAAAGCCUCUUCACCUGACAUAUUAUGAUUGACAUGAUUUGGCAAUAAUUCGUAAAAUUAUUAAUGAGUGUUUGAAGCACUAUUUUAAAACAGAAGCAGGAGUGCUGUAUCAGAUAUAAAACUUAAGAAACAAUCCAUCUUAAGAGUUCACAUGAGAAGUGAUUUAGAAAUGAACGUUGUUUAAGCCGAGAAAAAGCUAAAGUUUACGUACAUAUACAUGAGUUUUUAUCAGAUAUAAAACAACCGACACGUCAGUAAUUUCGUUUGUCUUUUCCUGAUGAAGUAUUAAUGAGUUUUUAAUUUUUUUAAUGCUUGCAUGUAUGCCAUUCGUUGAGUCUUCCAAUUGUGCGUUGUAAUUACUUUUUAAAUUUGGUUCACAAAAUAUGUUAUUAAUAGACUGUAAGUAGCUGACAUUGGAGUUUAGCUAAAUGUUGGGAUGUAACAGAGACCGAAUCCUUAUAUCUCAUGCCGUUUCCUUAUAUCAUGUCGUUUCCAUAAUUCUAUCGUUCGCAUCUAAUGCUGUCCACCUAUCCACGCUUAAUUUGACAAUAAUUAUGCAGUGCAUCAUUCUUUAUUUUCUAGAAUAGACAUCAGAAAAUACUCUAUGAAUCCAACGUUUGAGAAAACCAUGGUUGGAAAUUUAUAAUUAUCCUUUCAAGUUGUAUGUAUUUAGUCGAAAAUAAAUAAUCUUCACCAAAAGUGUUGGUGCAUGUUUCAGAAAAAACUGUGCAUAUAGUUUAACAACGUCAAUGGGCUUAUACCGCUUCUAUGUCAUUCAAGCUCAGUUUCAGCUUCAUUGCCAGUUAAGAGUUUCCUAUUUCCUAUUUACAAGCUUUCUUUCACUAAAUUUAUGUUUAAAGUUAUAAAGUACUCAUGGGAAAGAAAUUAGAUAAAUUAUUCUCAAGAAUCC